AUGAGGAGGAGGAGGAGGAUGAAGGCUCCUCGGGGCACGGCGCUGGGUCCACCGGGUGGGUUUCGCCUCUUCCGCGGCGGGGAUGAAGGUGAGGAGGAGGAGGAGGAGGCUGAAGAUGAGGAUGAGGCUGAAGAGGAGGACGAGGCUGAAGAAGAGGCUGAGGAAGGUGAAG